AUGUCUGACAUGGAAAAUGAGAUAAGACAACUACUUCUUGACAUUGAUGUUGAAGACGAUGAUGAGCAUGUAGAAUUUUCUGAUGAUAACAUGGAAAUCGAUUCAGAAGAAGAUGAUGAAAUGUCUGCCAGUGAUUGUGAAGAAGAAGAGAUCUCAGAAACACGGCAUCACGAAGGGGUUCUGUUGGGAAAAAAAGGUUUCCGGUGGACAGUGCAACCACAUUCAUCCAGUGGCAGAACGGCUUCUCGAAACAUUGUCCUAAAAGUUCCCGGCUGUAAGGAUGCUGCAAAAUUUGUGAAAUCCGAGGUUGAAGCUUGGGACCUCCUUUUUGAUUCCACAAUAUUAGAAACUAUUGUUUUCAACACAAAUAUUGAGAUUGGUGUUCAAAGACAAAAUUCUGCGUCAACAUCCUCCUCCACUUCUACGGCAGCUUCAACUUCAAAAUACAACGGUGACACAAACAUUGAUGAAAUUCGGGCACUUAUAGGUCUACUUUAUAUUGCUGGAGUUCAAAAGCAAUCUCGGAGAGCCAUAAAAUAUAUGUGGUCAAUCAAUUGUUCCCCUAUUUUUCAAGCGAUUAUGGGACAGAACAGAUUUGAGUUCCUCACUAACUGCAUAAGGUUUGACGAUCGAGAGACUAGAGAUCGAGCAGACAAACUAUCACCAAUAAGACUAAUAUGGGAAAAAUUUUGUUUUAACUCUACAAAAUACUAUACGCCCCAUGAAUACUGCACAAUCGACGAACAGCUGUUAGGAUUCCGAGGGAAUUGUCCUUUUCGAAUUUACAUUCCAUCUAAACCAGAUAAGUAUGGUAUAAAAAUAAUAACGAUGUGCGAUUCACGCACUUAUUACAUGGUCUCGGCAAUUCCCUAUAUUGGAAAAGAAAUAAGAAUUUCGAAUGAUCCUAUACCACUCCAAAUUGUUAAAAAACUAACCGAGAGUAUCCAUGGGACUGGUAGAAACCUAACAAUGGAUAAUUGGUUUACAUCCAUACAAUUGGUUGAAGAAAUGCUUUCUAGACAUAAACUCACUGUUGUAGGAACGCUACGCAAAAACAAGGCUGAGAUUCCACCAUUAUUUUUGCCUAAUAGGAAAAAAGAAAUCCUUUCAUCCCAGUUUGCGUUCAAGGAUAAAAUGACUUUGGUGGCGUUUACUCCAAAAAAAGGAAAAGGAGUGGUGCUUAUCUCUUCAUUACAUAAGGGAAAGACAGUUGAUCCACAAUCGAAAAAACCGGAAAUUAUAAAUUUCUAUAACAGCACUAAGGGAGGUGUUGAUACUUUUGAUCAACUUGUGCACACUUAUAGUGUAGCACGAAAAACACGGAGAUGGCCGCUCAGAUAUUUUUUUGGCAUGCUUGACCAAGCCGGUAUAAACUCAAUGGUGUUAUAUAAUCUUGGGAACAACUACAAAAACAAAAAACAAAAACGAAGUAUUUUUUUGCAUAAUCUGGGUUUCUUUUUGGCAAAACCAUAUAUGAAAAAACGCUUAGACCAAAAAAUAAGCAUUCAUUUGAGGACUAAUAUAGUUAAAAUUUUCAUGAAUGCUUCGGGCGAAGCCCAUGAAGUUAUUGAUAAAGACGAAGGCCAAGAACCUCCUUCGAAAAAGGCAAAACAAGGAAGAUGCUUUUUGUGCCCAAGAAUGAAAGACAAAAAGACAAAAACAGUCUGCAAAACAUGCGAUAGACACAUUUGCGCUGAACAUCGCAUGGAAAUAUGCACCAGCUGUAAGUUUUUGGCUAAAAAGAAUGCUUAA